AUGUAUCUGCCGACAAUGAAAUCCGAAAACGUCGCGGAACUACGAACAUUGCGAGACACAGUGUCUGCGUCGCUUGCGGCACUGACCAAUUUAAAUCGGCCGGUGAGCGAGUGGGAUGAUAUUCUCAUAUAUAUCAUAUCACAAAAAUUCAGUGCGAGAACGAAGAGCAAAUGGAACCUGAAAGUUUCAUCGAGUCGAGAUCUUCCGGCGUACAAAGAUAUCCACGAGUUCCUCACACUCCGCAUACGUGGUCUGUCUGACUUCUCCGAUUAUUCAAAGACUAUAAGUUCUAAGAAUGACAAACAGCGUUCUUCAGUUCAUAACGUUACCGUCGUUAAAUGCAUUUGUUGUUCGGGCAAUCAUGCUAUCACGAGGUGUGAGGAAUUUCGUAGGAAAGACGUACCGCAGAGAAGUAUCAUUGCGCGACAAAAUAAAGUUUGUUUUAAUUGUCUGCGAGCGGGACAUUUCACGAGACAGUGUCCGAGUAAAAUUCGAUGCGCUCACUGCAAACGUUCUCACAACACGCUGUUGCAUCAAGAGAAUGUUCAAACGUCAAAUGUCGGUGAAAAUUCCGAUUCAUCUAAAUCAAAAGCUAACGCGACUCCCUGUGCGAACAAGAUUAGUGUCGUUGGCGGCGCUGCCGUCGCCAGCGUGCAAUCGGUUAGGCCUCCGAAUAACGCGACGCCCGCGGUCCUCCUAGCGACCGCGUGGGUUAACGUCCAUACGUCCGAAGGCAGAUGCUUCAAGGUUCGAGCUUUGUUAGAUCAAGGAUCUAAUUUUAGUUUUAUCUCCGAGACGUUAUGUCAAACGAUUCGCACUAGACGACAGAGGACCGAUUUACAAAUCAAGGGCUUCGGCGAAAAAUAUACCGGCUCGGCGCGAUCGCGAGUUUCGUUGAAAUUGACGCCGUGCGAUAAGUCGAACCCGGUCUUACCCGUUACCGCUUACGUUUUCCACCGCAUUACGUCAUACGCCGCAACGCGUAUUCAGCCGGUCAAUUCGUGGCCUCACCUGCAAGGCCUUUUGUUAGCGGAUCCGGAUCCGUCAAGCAGACACCAGAUCCAUAUGUUAAUCCGCGCGGACGUGUACGGUUUGUUACUGAUGCGUGACCUGAGAAAGGGUCCGCCCGGAACUCCCACUGCUCAAUUGACCGCGUUCGGCUGGGUGAUUUCCGGACCGACCGGAUCAAAAGAAUCAGCCCUCAGUGAGGCUGCUUUUCUGAAUUGCGUUCUCGCUGAACAGGUGGACUCUCUCCUCCAGAGAUUUUGGGAGGAUGAAGAGAUCUCUGCGCCGGCCUCCCCCACGAAUGAGGAGGAGCAAUGCGAAUCUCACUUCAUUGAAACACACAGCCGGGAUUCUGAUGGCCGCUACGUAGUGAGAUUGCCUUUGAAGAGAGAUCCGCCGUUUGAUAUCGGGGAAUCUCUAUCCAUCGCGAGAGCGUUGUAUCGUCGCAUGGAGAAUCGACUAGACAAAGAUUCCGAUCUCAGUUCGCAAUACCGCGACUUCUUGUCAGAAUACGAAUCACUCGGCCAUAUGACGCGCGUGGACGAGGCUGAAAUUACGGAGACCUUGCCAGUCUACAUUCCCCAUCAUCCGGUGAUGCGGGAAGAGAGCUGCACCACGAAGCUUCGCAUUGUCUUUAACGCGUCUUGUAAGACUCGAAAUGGGACGUCUCUCAACGACCAUUUACUUGUCGGGCCGAAACUACAACAGGACCUUCCUGCUGUAUUAACGCGUUGGCGUAAAUGGCGCCUAGUCUAUACGGCAGACAUCGCAAAAAUGUUUUGCCAGAUACGCGUGCAUUCGAAGGACGUCGACUUUCAAAGGAUACUUUGGCGCCCUGCGGAUGACGCGCCAAUUACCCACUUUCGACUGCUCACCGUUACAUACGGUUUAGCUUCAGCACCGUAUCUGUCGAUGCGAGUGCUUCGACAAUUAGCUCUUGACGAGGGUGCUGACUUUCCUGCUGCGGUUCCUAUCAUUAAUGAUUCAAUCUAUGUGGAUGACGCGUUGUUCGGUGCCGACAACUUUGAUUUCGUUACUCGAUAUGCGCACUCAACUCGUAGAACUUAUGAAACGCGGAGGUUUUUUGCUACAAAAUGGGCUUCCAAUUGUGACGAACUUCUUAAUAACGUUACAAACGAUCAGUCGGAAGUUACUGAUCACCUUGUACUGAAAGACGAAUUGUUAAGGAUUCUCGGUUUAUCGUGGCUUCCGUCGGAAGACUCAUUUCAAUUCACAGUGAAGUUUGAUCUUCCGAUCGUGUUGACAAAACGUUCUAUACUAUCGUGCAUUGCUAAACUAUACGACCCUCUCGGAUGGGCUGCCCCGGUUGUGAUAACUGCCAAGAUAAUUCUGCAAGAAUUGUGGCUACUACGUUACGAUUGGGACACCCCACUUCCAAACGAGUUGAGUCAACGAUGGACUGCUUUCGCCUCCGACCUUUCACGUUUGGAGUCGAUACGUAUUCCUCGAUGGACCGGUCAAAGCCCGGAUAAUCUUACGUUAGAACUUCACGGAUUCGCGGACGCCUCGAAUCGCGCUUAUGCCGCCGUUGUGUAUAUGCGCGUGUUUUAUUCCCUUUCAGAGUAUCGAAUAAAUUUGAUCGCCGCAAAGUCAAAGGUCGCUCCAGUUAAGACACUUAGCAUUCCUCGACUCGAACUCAAUGCGGUAGUUUUAUUAAGUCGAUUAGUGAAGUGGUUGAUAAAUUCAUUAAACUUAUCAAAUACUUCGAUUCAUUGUUGGACGGACUCCACUAUUACGCUGGCGUGGCUGCGUCAACACCCAUCGAAAUGGACCACGUACGUGGCCAACAGGGUAUCGGAAGUACAGUGCAACCUGCCAUCUGCUAAGUGGAGUCACGUGCCGUCCAAAGAAAAUCCCGCGGACUGCGCGUCCAGAGGAUUCAAUGCGUCCGACAUAGUUGAGCAUUCGUUAUGGUGGGCGGGCCCGCCUUGGCUUCAACAGCCUUCUACCUCUUGGCCUCCACAUAACGUCGCUACUUCACUUUCAGAAGAGCUAGUGAAACAAGUACAUGCCGAAAGUCGAAAAUCCGCGUUUCUGCAUGUAGAGGGCGCUCCGGAAUGGGACCUUCCCUAUCAAUUCGGCUGUUGGACUAGACUUGUCCGAGUGACAGCUUACAUCUACCGAUUUUUCCUUCGUUCUCGUAAGAAAACGAAUCGUGAAAAUACCACUGGAUUGUAUCUUGGAGUAGACGAGCUCCGUCGAGCAGAGACUUUCUGGCUCGCUUAUGCGCAGAAAAGAUCGUUCGAACUCGAGUUCAAGACCUUACGGAAAGACGAAACGCUCCCUCACAAAAGCUCGUUGAAAUCGCUAAAUCCUUUCGUCGGAAAGGAUUCUUUACUUCGUCUCGGCGGGCGGUUACGAAAUUCCGCUCUCUCCUACGAGGAACGACAUCCGAUUAUCAUUCCCCGGGGCAGAAUAGCCGAGCUGUUAAUCGAUUAUGCGCAUCGGAUCUCGCUCCACGGAGGAGUUCAACUUGUCCUCCGAACGCUCCGUCAAACCUAUUGGCUACUCGGCGGUCGAAGUACGGUAAAAUUUCGCAUUCGGCAGUGCAUAGUUUGCGCUCGUUACGCGAAGAGACAAUCCAGCCAACUCAUGGGAGAUCUCCCUUCUCCCCGAGUUAAUCCAUCGUCCCCGUUUACUCAUACGGGAGUAGAUUACGCUGGUCCAUUUUUCCUUACCCCGUUCGUCAGUCGCGGACAGAAGACUCGAAAACAUUACAUUGCCUUGUUCAUCUGUCUCGCGACAAAAGCUAUUCAUAUCGAAUUAGUCGAAGACUAUUCCGCGGCGGGUUUUUUGGCGGCCUUUAGGAGAUUCGCGAGUCGAAGAGACUUGCUUCAAAAACUGUAUAGCGAUAACGGAACAAAUUUCCACGGAGCGGACCGGGAGCUAAAGAGCACGUUUGACGCAGUACGUUCCGAUCCCUCAUUGCGAGACAUCCUCGCUAACGAUAGAGUGGAGUGGCACUUCAUUCCGUCCGCAUCUCCUCACUUCGGAGGAUUGUGGGAGGCCGGCGUAAAGAGCUUCAAGACUCACUUGAAAAGGACAGUGGGUUCGCAUACCUUGUCUCAAACCGAAUUUUCAACACUGCUUUGCCGAAUUGAGGCGUGUCUCAAUUCGCGCCCCAUUGCAACCUUAAGUCACGAUCCAAGCGAUUUGCUAGCGCUUACUCCUGGUCAUUUUCUUAUAGGUCGACCGAUGACCGCCGUACCGGAGGAGUCGGUACUUGCGAUAAACGAAAACCGAUUGUCUUGA